AACGGAUUUACUGAUUACUAUAUAUAACUAAAGGUGGGAGACAUCACAAUUUCAACACAUAAAAAAUUUGUCAACAAAAUAUUAGGUUAAGUAGCUAGGUUAAUUAACAUGAAGAUCACCAUGGAAAAAGAAGAAUGGGAAUUAAAUCCUAAAAAACUCAGAGUCAAAAAACUCAUUGGCUAUGGAGGUUUUGGAUUAGUUUACGCAGGUGUUUAUGAUGGAAAAAAAGUCGCUGUUAAAAUAUUUGAUUUGGAAGAUAAGAAGAAGAAUUCAUCAGAAGGAUUGAUGGAAGAGGUAUUCAUGCAAGAAGUUUCUAUUUGGAGCACACUUGAACACUCCAAUAUUGCAAAGGUAUAUAUCUACUUCAUUAUUUUCUCUUUUUCCCUAUAAUAUUAUUCGUUUAUUUACAGAGUAAACUUCCCAUCUAUUUAAGCAUUAUUAUUUGAAAUAGGCGUAAUACAUGUAUAUGUCGUUUAACUUGGCAUCAACUAGCAUAACACCCUUCAGUUUUGGCUGUGCACAUGUAGACAUAUAAACUUAUAUAAUCAAACAAAUUGACACAUUCAUCCUAUAUGGUAUCCUACAUGACAAUUUUGUAUCUCAUGUGAUAUCUUACAUGUAUUAUAUGCGACGUAGAACUUGUGUGUUUAUUUAUUCAAUUUUUAACAAAUUUAUGUAUCUACUUAUGCACAAUCAAAAUUGGAAAACCUACCAUACAUGUCAGUUUGAAUUCAAACUAAAAGAGAUAUUUAUUCAUUAUGAUUUAUGCCUUUGAAAUAUUGUCCUUUCUUUUCUUAUUGAGCCUAUAAUAGAAUAUUAGCUUAUAACAAUUAAAUAUAUUGAUUUUGUGCAGUUUAUUGGAGCUAUAAAAAAGAAUGAUAUGUCAAAAAUAAAAAUGAAGUGUCAAAAAGGUUCAGUAAAUGGAUGCUGCAUUGUUGUGGAAUGUGUUAGUGGAGGAACUCUUACAUCCUAUCUUUCAAAAUACACACUGAAGAAGAAGUUACCUUUGGAUACUAUUCUUCAACUUGCAAUCGAUGUUGCUAAAGGAUUAAGUUACCUUCAUUCAGAAAAGAUUGCUCAUAGAGAUGUGAAGACUGAAAAUUUACUUCUUGACAAAACUGGAAGAGUGAAGAUAAUUGAUUUUGGAAUAUCAAGUCAUUUUUUUUCUCUUGGCUUGAAUUAUCCUCCUACGAUGGUUGGAACAAGUGGGACUAUUGGUUACAUGGCUCCGGAGGUUUUGAGCGAAGUGUCGUAUGAUCAUAAGUGUGACGUCUAUAGCUUUGGAAUUUGCUUGUGGGAAAUGUAUACUUGUUUAGAUCCAUAUCCUGAACACAUUUCUCCUAGUAAAAUCUCACAUCAACUUUAUAAGGAUCGAAGGCCUGAGAUACCAAAAUGUUGUCCAACAGCAUUGUCAGAUAUAAUGAAAAAAUGUUGGGAUGUAAAGCCACAAAACAGACCAGAGAUGAAGGAAGUGUUGCAAAUGUUAGAAGGCAUUCAAACAUGUACAGAAACAAGAAAACAAAAGCACAUGUUUUGUUUUGCCUAGAAGAUGCACAUAAAAGAAACAAAGUGGAACAAGAGGCAAAGAUUAAACGACGAACCAAAAGCAUUGAGCAGACAAAAGAAGAAGGAGAUUACAUAUAAUAUCAAAGAGACAACCAAUGAAGGCAGUGUUAAGUACUAUUAAUUGUGAAAAGCACCGUAUUAACAAAAUAUCUUUACAUUAUAUAGUUAGAGUCUUUUUGACAUUGUUGUUGUAACAUCAAAACACUUAUUAUUAAUGAAAAACAUUUAUUCUGAAAAAACGUGUUUAGGUGAUCAAUAAAAAUGCUUUUAAAUAGGAGUAGAAGCCCAAUUUUUUUGCUGCAGGGCAGAAGCAGAAGCAAAGAAGUGUUUAUUUCUUACAGAAAAAUAUAAUAUUUGGGUAAAUCAAGUAUGUUUAGUUGAUAGGAAAGUUCUUGGCUUGUUAGAAGAAAAGGAAGGACUUUUUGGUGCCCUCUAAUCCCAAUAUGUCAAACUGUUCAAAAUCUUGAAAACACAGAAAGCAUGGUCAUUGAAUGACAGAGACCACAGUGUAUCAUCAAAUCAUUCACUGAUUGAACAUCAACGAAAAUAAAUAAUACUAAAAAACACAGUACCACAAUGAACCCAGAACUCUAAAAUGUACAUGAUAUUGUUUAACUAACCUUGGCUUUACUAUUAUCUUCAAAUCUUUUAAAGAACUCAUACUAUAAUCCUUAUAGUCAUGGGAGGUGCUACAACUUUACUUAUGGGUCGAUACUAUAAUCCCUAGUCAUGGGUGGUGCUACAACUUUACUUAUGGGUCGGUAGAAUUGAGUAGGUUUGCUUAAAUCAUGUAUUUAUGUUAUAGGUUCAUUUAAUACAUAUAAAUACAAUUAACAUAUUUAGUAUCAUCUCACAA